AUGGCCAUCGCCUACGCUUUUUUCACUCCCUCCUUGUCUCGCCGUCGACCUAGGGCUUCCGAUUUCGGUUCCUAUCGUCAAUUCUCUGUCUUGGAACCUUCAAGUUUUCUCCCAAUUCGGCAUGGAUUGUUACAACCUGUAAAUAUCUUUUCCAGCNUGCCGAGCUUUGUACAUGCUUCAAUCGAUGGCGUGGAUUCAGUGGGUUCAACCUCAUUGAAGUCUGAGCAGGGUGCUGAUUAUGUACCGGUGCCAAUAGUUCUGAUUGAUCAAGAUUCAGAUUCUGAUGCAACUAUUGUUGAAAUUAGUUUUGGAGAUCGCCUUGGUGCUCUCAUUGACACGAUGACAGCAUUAAAAGAUUUAGGAUUGGAUGUGGUAAAGGGAACCGUUACUAAAGAAGGUUCAGUCACACAAACAAAAUUUUUUAUCACACAAUCGGCAACUGGGCGCAAGGUUAAAGACCCUGAUUUGUUGGAGAGAAUUCGAUUAACCAUUAUCAACAACCUUUUGAAGUAUCAUCCAGAGUCUAGUGAGCGGCUAGCAAUGGGUGAGGCUUUUGGGAUAAAAGCACCGGCCAAGAAGCUUGAUGUUGAUAUUGCAACUCAUAUACAUGUCAAGGAUGAUGGACCUAAGAGAAGCUUGCUCUAUAUAGAGACAGCAGAUCGACCUGGGUUGCUAUUAGAAAUCAUCCAAAUUGUGGCUGAUAUUAACGUUAAUGUGGAAUCAGCAGAGAUUGACACAGAGGUGCUGGUAAAUUGCCUGCGUUACUACCUUCGGAGGCCAGAAACGGAUGAAGAUAGCUACUAGGGAAGGCUUCUCAUAUAUGUACACUAACUGUACACCAAAUAAUUCCGUGGGAUCGAGUCACUUGUUUAGUUCUGUUAUGCCAAGAUAUUGAUCUCAGGUCCCUUUCUUAAUUUAGAUAUUUCUGGUACAAACACUGAAUGCUCUCUCUUUCUACAAUUUCUUGUGCCAAGUUUUCCUCAUGCUGGAUAAUUGUGGUCGGAGCUAGUGCACUGAGUAAGUUUUUUGUUUCAUAAAAGCCUUUUUUGGGUCCAUGGCAUGCUCUUUCUUUCAUUUUUGGGGGGAGGGGGAGAGAGAAUGGCCCGGUGGUAAGGUCUCACUCUUGCUCGCAGGUGGUUACGGGUUCUAAUCUCAUCCUCUCCUGUUCCACGAUAAAGCCAAGCUCUUUGGACACUACGGUUUUUAAUACUUCUUUCAUGUAAGUUUACGGUUGUCUCUAGUCUCGGGUUGUGAGAGAUUAUUUUAUUUAUUGACUAGGUGUAUGGACGGAGCAAACUUUUUGAGUAUUGCUUUGUGUGUCCUUUUUUUUGGCGUGUUUUGAACUUCAUUGUAUAUCUUAUUUUCGGUUUAAU